CGGACCGCGGCUCGGGAGCCCUGAACAGCUGCUCCCCUCCCCACCGGCAGCCCCUGGAGGGUCGGCGACCAAAGUCUGGGCAUCUGAGAAAGCCAGGGUGGGAACCCUAACUGGACUCUUCCGACCCUCAGGAAGGACCUGAGACCUGAGCCAUCCUCCUCUCUACCGUGCUUGCCCCCCAGGACUGGGCAGUUGCCAGAGGCCCUGGGGGGGGGGCCAGGACUGUGGCUGUGCGCCUCCCCACCGCACAGGAUGGGCCUGAGUUAGUCAGCCCAGCCUCACGCAGCGUCCUGCAGGCCCAGAGGGAAGCUCAGGGGCUCUGAAGGCUUGGCCCACCGCCUGACCGCCAUGGAGACGAAGCUGCCCCCCGCGAGCACCCCCGGCAGCCCCUCGUCCCCAGGGCUGUCCCCGGUGCCCCCACCCGACAAGGUGGACGGCUUCUCCCGCCGUUCCCUCCGCAGGGCCCGGCCCCGGCGGUCCCACAGCUCCUCUCAGUUCCGCUAUCAGAGCAACCAGCAGGAACUCAUCCCACUGCCCCUGCUCAAAGAUGUGCCAGCCUCUGAGCUGCAUGAGCUGCUGAGCCGGAAGCUGGCCCAGUGUGGGGUGAUGUUUGACUUCUUGGACUGUGUGGCCGACCUGAAGGGGAAGGAGGUGAAGCGGGCGGCGCUCAAUGAGCUGGUGGAGUGUGUGGGGAGCACUCGGGGGGUCCUCAUUGAGCCUGUCUACCCAGACAUCAUCCGCAUGAUCUCAGUGAAUAUCUUCCGGACGCUGCCACCCAGUGAGAACCCUGAAUUUGACCCUGAAGAGGAUGAGCCCAACCUUGAGCCUUCAUGGCCACAUCUUCAGCUGGUAUAUGAGUUUUUCCUGCGUUUCUUGGAGAGCCCAGACUUCCAGCCCUCCGUGGCCAAGAGAUAUGUGGAUCAAAAGUUUGUCCUGAUGCUCCUGGAGCUAUUUGAUAGCGAGGACCCUCGGGAGCGUGAGUACCUCAAGACCAUCUUGCACAGGGUCUACGGCAAGUUCCUGGGGCUCCGGGCCUACAUCCGCAAACAGUGCAGCCAUAUCUUCCUCCGGUUCAUCUAUGAACUCGAGCACUUCAAUGGCGUGGCUGAGCUGCUGGAGAUCUUAGGAAGCAUCAUCAACGGCUUUGCGCUGCCCCUGAAGACCGAGCACAAGCAGUUUCUGGUUCGAGUCCUGAUUCCCCUGCACUCUGUCAAGUCGCUGUCUGUCUUUCACGCCCAGCUGGCAUACUGUGUGGUACAGUUCCUGGAGAAGGAUGCCACUUUGACAGAGCAUGUGAUCCGGGGGCUGCUCAAAUACUGGCCAAAAACCUGUACCCAGAAGGAGGUGAUGUUUCUGGGGGAGAUGGAAGAGAUUCUGGAUGUCAUUGAGCCCUCCCAGUUCGUGAAGAUCCAGGAGCCCCUCUUCAAGCAGGUGGCUCGCUGUGUGUCCAGCCCCCAUUUCCAGGUUGCAGAGCGGGCUCUGUAUUUCUGGAACAAUGAGUAUAUCCUGAGCCUCAUUGAGGACAACUGCCAUACUGUGCUGCCUGCUGUGUUUGGGACCCUCUACCAAGUCUCCAAGGAGCACUGGAAUCAAACCAUUGUGUCUCUGAUCUACAAUGUGCUCAAGACCUUCAUGGAGAUGAAUGGGAAGCUGUUUGAUGAGCUCACAGCCUCCUACAAGCUGGAAAAGCAGCAUGCUGGGGCAUCCAAGCCCAGUUGUCCCCUGCAUCCUCCAAUUAUCCUCCCAAGUACUUCGUCCUGGGAACAGCAGAAGGCCCAGGAACGUCAGGAGCUGUGGCAAGGCCUGGAGGAGCUACGGCUACGCCGGCUACAGGGGACCCAGGGGGCCAAAGAGGCCCCGCUCCAGCGGCUUACACCCCAGGUGGCCACCGGUGGAGGUCAGAGCUAAAGAUCCCCAGAAGGGGAGGAGCUAAACCCAGAGCUGUCAGUCCCUCCAUCCUCCCUCCUGCCCAGGGGUCCAGAGAGAUACACACCUACUCCUGGCCUUGCCAGAGGGGGCUCGGAGGGCUUCCUGCCUGGCCCAGCAUGGGCAGUUUCCACUGGGGGGAGAGGAGGAGAGAUGGGGGUCCUGGCAACAGAACUCUCAGGCCCUCCUGGCAGGACUUGACCAGGGCAAGCUUGACCAGGAAGCUGCCAUCGGGGAUCUGCCUCUGCCCCACAAAGCUGGGCUACAGACUGCAGGCAGGUUCCCACCCCCUGCUCCCAGCCUAGGGCAAGGGGACUCGGCCCCUCACCUGCCCCACCUUGUGCCAGCGGGAGGUCCUUCCUCACCCCACCAUGGGAUCCAUGGUCUAUUUAUUCUCCCCCAGCUCACCUGCAACACAGACAUUAUCCUGGGCCUGGGGCACCCUCCUUCCUUCCCUCCCCUCCCUUGCCCUGUACAUCCUUGUCCCCUUUUUAUUUAUUGGGCAGGGGGAGGGGUGAGGGCACAGGCAGAAGAUUCCCUGUGUCCUGGGGCAAGGGGGGGUGGUCACAGUAACCAUGGUCUGUUCCCCUUUCCCUGGCUGGGGGUAGAUUUAAUAAAGAGAGAAACUCAU